AUGUCGGACAAGUCCUCGGCCUCCGCCCCCGCUCGGCGCCUCGCAGCGCUCUCUCGCCAGCUGCAGCCCGCGCCAUGCGCCGCCUCCACGCGCGACCAGACCGUCGCGGAGCUGGCGGCGGAGCGCGCUCGCUGCAGCUUCUCGCCGCGUGCAAUGGCCGACUUCCUCUUCGGCGGCGAGAAGCAGACGGCGCUGCGUCUUGAGGCCAUGCGGCUGCUGGAGGGCCACGCGGAGUUCCGCAACGACGCGGGCGUCUUCGACCGCUCGCUGGCGCAGCGCCGCGAGCACACGCUGCAGCGCGUGCGCCGCCUGUACACGCUCUUCAUGGAGCACGGCGCAGACGUGGAGAAGCGCGAGACGCUGGCGGACAUCGUGGGCGUCUUCGACCUGUCGCUGUGGACGCGCAACGGCGUCCACUUCGGUCUGUUCCUGGGCGCCAUCAUGGGCCAGGGAGACCAGGAGCAGCAGGACGAGUGGAUGCUGCCGACGAUGAUGCUGGAGCUCUUCGGCUGCUACGGCAUGACGGAGCUCGGCCACGGCAGCUUCACGAGGGGCUUCGAGACGACGGCCACGUUCGACGAGGAGACGGACGAGUUCGUGAUCCACACGCGCACUGACAGAGCCACCAAGUGGUGGAUCGGUGGGGCCGGGCAGACUGCCACGCACACGGUGUGCUUCGCGAGACUCGUGCUGCCUAAGGAUGGAGGAGCCGAUCACGGAGUUCAGAGCUUCAUUGUGCCACUGCGCGACGUGGAGACGCACGAGCCGCUGCCAGGUGUGAGCAUCGGAGACAUGGGCUCCAAGAUGGGACUCCAGGGAGUGGACAAUGGCUGGAUCCAGUUCGACCACGUCCGGAUCCCGAGAGCGAACAUGCUGCGCCGCUACGCACAGGUCUCAAGGGACGGUGUAUUCUCGCAGACGCAGCAUAAGGCGCAGCUCGCCUACGCAGCUCUUCUCGUCAACCGCGGCAAGAUUGUGACGUUGUCGGUGGGGAUCUUGGAGAAGGCGCUGACAAUCGCGGUGCGCUACGCUGCAGUGCGGCGUCAAGGAUUGCAGGUGAACUCGGAGGACCUCCACGCCGAGACACGUCUGCUGGACUACCAAACGCAUCAGUACCGGCUGAUGCCGGUUCUAGCUCGUGCGUACGCGUAUCGACUGCAGACCAGGUACAUCACGCGUCUCCUGCAGCAAUUCGAUACUCAUGGCAGCGAUAUAUCGGAGGCGCUCCUGGCCGACAUCCACGGCACCAUGUCGGGCUUCAAGGCCUUCUGCACCUGGGAUGUGCAGGAAGGUAUUGAUGCAUGCCGCCAGAGCUGUGGAGGCAACGGGUACAGCAAAUACACUGGACUUGCUGAGCUGCUAGCAGACUUCUCGGUCAUGGUGACCUUCGAGGGCGACAACACGGUCAUGGCGCAGCAAACAGCGCACUACCUCAUCCGAUCCGUGGUGAAGCUGCGUCGUGGCGAGAAACUAGCGGGGUCUGUGCAGUACCUGGAGAGAGAGCAGGCCAGUAGUCGUCACCGUCAGUGGGGUGUCGAGGGCCCCGCCGAUCUGAGAAACUCGACGCUGCUCCGCGAUGCACUGGAUGUGUACACAGGUCGCCAAGUACUGCAAGUCGCAGCGAAGUUGGCUGCAGCACCAGGGAACACCGAUGCAGAGCGCAUCAACUCGUGCCAAGUGGACCUUGUGGAGAUCGCGCGCGUGCACGUGUUCUACAACGUGGCCACCGCUUUCUUUCAGCACAUCGAAGAGCUCAAGCUGGAAGUGUCGGAAGACAACGUCAAACUCGUGCCGGUGUUGGAGGCUCUGUGUCAGCUGUACAUUUGCCAGGAGCUUGAUCGCGGUGCUGCCUUCUUGCUCAAGGAGAAGUUUAUGACCCCCUAUCAGAGCAACCUCGUUCGUUCGCGGCUGAUGGAAAGCUGCGCACGCGUGCGUGCUGAUGCCGUGGCUCUCGUCGACGCGUUCAUGUUCUCGGAUACAGUGCUCAAUUCGUCCGUUGGCCGCGCAGAUGGCAGCAUCUACGAAGGUGCGCUCGACGCGGUGCGCCACCGCACGGGUCCGACUCCGUACUUCGCUUCAGUCAUCAAGCCUAUCUUCGAGAGCGAGCCGCUGGACUAG